CGCUCGUGCACUCUGCGAUAGGCGGCUGUAGACCGGGGAAGGGUAGCAGGAGGGAACCUCAGCAGCACCGGGACAAAAUAAAAAACCUCCAGUCAGGAUUCACGGAGUGCACGAGAGAGAGAGAGAGGAAAUCAUCAUAAGAGAACCAUCACUGGUCAGCGAGGAUUUACUUUCUCAUGAAAUGCAGCAUUUUUGCCCCGUGCAUCACCCCUUUUCAUCCGGCCUGGAUAUUGAAUCACCCUGAGACAUUUCCUGAGACACUUUCUUCGUCUCGGUGAAAGUCUAGCAGACAGGAAGAAGACAUUUAAGACAGACUGAGAGCCCAUACGAACAGAUGAGUCACAUAUGAGUGAUGUAACAAUGUUUGGGACAGAAUCUUCUUGCAGAAUAUGGAGCUAAUUGGAGCAACAGAGAAGGAGAAAAUGUUUUUUUCCAGGCUUUUGAGCAUCGCACAUUCAAUUUGCAAAUGACAAAAUGCGUUACAAUCUCAGGCGGCAGAGAGGCAAUGACCUAAUUCAGAUUAAAUGACCUCAUACUGAUAAGUGGCCGGCCUCCGCACUGGGUGAUGGAAAAUAAUCACAAAUGGGCUCUUAUCAUCGAGGCUGGGGUGUGUGAGGUUACAUGAUAUUUUGGCGUGUGGGUGUUUGAUCUGAGAGGAGUGAGUUUUGAUGCAUGCAGCAAUGUUGCGGCGUGGACUUCUCGCCUGGGUUUCCCGAGUUGGAGGCUUCCUGGUGAUCCUCUGCUGCUCCCUGUCCCUCCUAUAUGUAAUGACUUGCAGCCCACCACACUCUGAUGACCCUCCACUGAGCCACGCCCUCCCCAGAGCCGGACCUAAUCACCCUAGUUUGGGGGGCACAGGACCAGGGAUUGGAGCAGUGGCAGGUGGGACAGGAGGAGCACGGACUGGGGUUGUUCAAAGUGGAGGUCCCCCCGGUGCUCAGUCUUACCAGGUGCUCCUCCAAGAGCGCGAAGAGCAGCAUCGCCUCCACAUCUCCUCCUUGAAGAAGCAGAUCGCUCAGCUCAAGGAGGCUUUACAAGAGCGAAGCCAGCAACUGAAAGGAGUGCAGGAGAGCCUGAAGAGGGCUGCAGGAGGCCCCGCAGAGGGACAGGAAGCUGGGGCCAUAUCACAAGGAGGUGGUCUCGGAGAGGCUCAGGGAGCUAAGAGCCAGCAGACGGACCUCCAGGAGUACUUAAGGAGUCAGCUGUCAAAGGCGGAGGUGACCGCUGGCUCCAGGUUGCCCAGUGAAUAUGCAGUGGUGCCUUUUGAGAGUUUCACCCUGCAGAGGGUGUACCAGCUGGAGAUGGGGCUGACGAGGCACCCUGAGGAGAAGCCAGUGAGGAAGGACAAGAGAGAAGAGCUGGGGGAGGUACUGGAGAUGGCUCUGCACAGUCUGAACAUGCCAUCAACACAGCUGGAUGAUAGGAGUUUAGUGGGAAAGACUCAAACCAGUAAAGUGUACUCACCCUCUGACUUCAUCGAAGGUAUCACCCGCACAGAGAGGGACAAAGGGACGCUGUAUGAGCUCACCUUCAAAGGGGAAUCAAGUCAUGAAUUUAGACGCCUGGUACUCUUCCGUCCAUUUGGACCUCUCAUGAAGGUGAAAAACGAGCGGGUGGACACCAUCAACAUCCCGAUCAACAUUAUCGUCCCGCUGUCCAGGCGCACCGACAAGUUCAAACAGUUCAUGCACAACUUCAGGGAAGUGUGUGUGCGUCAAGACGGCCGGGUCCAUCUGACGGUGGUGUAUUUCGGGAACGAGCAGAUGAGCGAGGUCCGCAGCACUCUGGAGAACACAUCCAGGGAAGCGAACUUUAAGAACUUCACUCUGCUGCAGUUGGAUGAGGAGUUUUCUCGAGGACGGGGUCUAGAUGUCGGGGCCCGAGCCUGGAAGGGAGGCAACGUGCUGCUUUUCUUCUGUGAUGUGGAUAUUUACUUCACCGCUGACUUCCUCAACACCUGCAGACUCAACACACAGCCCGGUAAAAAGGUUUUUUAUCCGGUUCUGUUCAGCCAGUACAACCCCACUCUGAUCUACGGGAGUCCUGAGCACAUCCCACCUGUGGAGCAACAGCUGGUGAUCAAGAAAGACACAGGCUUCUGGAGGGAUUUCGGUUUCGGCAUGACCUGCCAGUACAGGUCCGACUUCAUCAACAUAGGUGGGUUUGAUAUCGACAUCAAAGGCUGGGGCGGUGAAGACGUCCACCUGUACAGGAAGUACCUCCACAGCAACCUGCUGGUGGUCAGAGCGCCAUCACGAGGCUUGUUCCACCUGUGGCAUGAGAAACACUGUGCAGAUGAGCUCCCGCCAGACCAGUACCGCAUGUGCAUGCAGUCAAAGGCCAUGAACGAGGCCUCCCACGGACAGCUGGGGAUGCUGUUCUUCAGGCACGAGAUUGAGGCUCACCUUCGCAAACAGAAACAGCAGCAAAACUUAAAUCCCAAGAAAACAUGAAGACUUAAGGAGGGUUGAGUUAUAAUCACCAGAAUGACUGCAGUCUGUCGAGAGAGACUGUUUUAUAGGAAUGGGUACAAAGUUUUGGAGAUUGCACUUAUUUGCUCUGCUGCCAGGGGUUUGAUGAAAAAUGAUAAUAGCCUAAUUUCUGUACUGUUAAUAUAAAGCUUAAGACAGCGGGUGUUAGUUUAGCUUAGCAUGAAGAUUGGAAACAGGAUGAAACAGCUAGUCCACUCUGUAGAGAUUAAAGGAGACUUAAAGUACCUUUAAAGCUUGCUAAUUAGCAUUCAUUUAUUGUAUUUUUGCUUGUUUUUAAUUGUCUUUAAAAUCUUCAAAUGCUAAGCGUGACAAAACGUGAAUUCAUAGUUUUAUGUGUAGCUUCAUGCUUUUUUAUUUCUUGUUUGAGUUAGCAAGUAACUAACUGCUGUUUUUGUAAGGGCUAAACAAAUAUGGAAGGAAGUUUUAAUUUGUAAGUUUUAAAGGUACUGCCAGAAAUCUUUUAACUUUAAGACAGUCAGACUAGCUCCUCUCCUAUGGUUCUUUUAUCAGUGCUUGCAAUGCUAACCCUCUAUGAGCUGUAGCUUGAUAUUAAAGCUAAAGAUAUAAGGCUUGCAUCACUCCUUCAACUCAUGACAAGAAUGCAAAUAGGUCUAUUUCCAUAAAUUUCAAACCAUUCCUCGACUGAAAAAAUGUGAAGACCUUUUCAACUUUUCAAGGACUCAGAGCACUUUGUUGCUUCGUUUGAAAAGACAACGUGAGAUUGUCAUUUUUAAAACUGACUGAGGGAUUCACCUUCGCCACUGAAGUGGACUUCAGCUGAACAUUUACAAACAAACCUGCCUGAAAAAAUCUUUGACAACUUGAGAACAAAUUCCUCUUUAACUGCCGCAAGGACUUUCAGAAAGAAAACACAGGCGAUUUGUUUGAGUCUCUCUGAACCGUGUGCCUUUUGUGAAUAAAAAACCCAAACACUGUCUCCUCAGGGUGGCUGGUAAAGACUGAACAAACCUACAUUUUUAUGUGUAGGAAAACGGGACCACCUAGUGGACUGAAUGUGACAAUGAAGGACUCUUAAUAAGCCUGGAAUGGCCUUGUAAAAAAUGAAUAAAUUAUUGAUCUGUG